AUCAUGAGCUAGUGAUAUAUGGUAGUAUCCUUGACAAUGAACUCAUGUUAGCCAUGAAUUCAAAUAGCCAACUUGCCUAACCUUCUUUGUCUUCAACAAUAUAUAUUAUAGCAUAUUAUCCUUUCCUAUUACUAUCACCAUUUUUUUCAUUAACUUUCGCUUCUUCCUUUUUUUUUCUGUUUUCGAUUCCGAGAAUUUGACAUGAACAGAGCAUUGCCGGAGAUAUUACAAUGUUCCGACAUGACAGUGAAAGAACAAAGUUAUUUCAACGAGUUAAGUGGAGUGAUUUCGACUCAAUCCACUCAUGUCCAUAGCUUCCAUGGUGGUUUAAUGAGUGAUGACUCGGUGCUAACUCGGGAAGGCAAAGAACCUUCCUGGUCUGAGUUUGGGAAGCUUGAAAUGGCUACUUUGGGGUUUCAGCCAUGUGAGUACGGUAAUGAACCGAGUUUCAAUAUAGAUUACGCCAUUUCCAGGACGUCUAGCCGUCAACCACCCGUACCGGCAGCCGUAGCAGCCUCCGAGGCGGCGGAGAAUAUGGGUUCAUCCGUUGUAAGAGAGAGCUACAAGAAAAGGAAAGCUGAUAAGCUGCAAAACUCAAAGGCUGUGGUGGUAGAUGGUUCCACCAAGAAGAUCAAAGCUUGCGAAGAAGAAGAAGAAAAAGAGUCAAAAAUUACAGGUCCACCAAGCACCACCAUUAAAAGCAAUAGUUACAAGGCAAAUUCAAAGGUUUCUGAGGUUCAAAAACCUGAUUACAUUCAUGUCCGAGCACGUCGUGGUCAAGCCACUGACAGUCACAGCUUAGCUGAGAGAGUUAGAAGGGAGAAAAUUAGUGAAAGACUGAAGUAUCUGCAAAAUUUAGUUCCAGGAUGUAAUAAAAUCACUGGUAAAGCUGGAAUGCUUGAUGAAAUUAUCAAUUAUGUUCAAUCGCUUCAACACCAAGUUGAGUUCUUAUCAAUGAAAAUAGCUGCUGUAAAUCCAAGGCUUGAUUUUAACACUGACAACUCUUUUGCCAAUGAGGAUGUGUUUCCAAGAGUUGGGAAUGGGAUAUCUUCAGAUAUGGCAAAGCCCUUUUGUUAUCUUCAUUUCAAUCCGGAAACAGUGGCUCGAGGAACCGUUUGUGUCUCCGACACGCCGUUUCUCGACUUGUCCUGCCUCGAUCAAAUUCAACCACCUUCUGCUGCAACAUGGGAUGUUGAAUUGCAAAAUCUUUAUAAUGUUGGCAUUUGACGAAGGCAAAAGAUCAAUAUCAAUCAACCAUUCGAGUUGAUUCCCCGAUUGUUUGUUUUCAAGUACAUAUAUGGUAUAUAUGAACAUUUUGUACGUAUGCUUGAAAAUGGUAUGAAUAAGAUUAGAUAACUAAUUAAA